GGCAUUUACGCUUAUUUUAAUAUUUAUGCUUCAGCUUUUUAUACAGCUUAGGACAGUAGAAUGUAAAAAAACUUCAUCUCGGAGCUUAAUAGAAGAUAUCAUUGAUGCCAAAGAACUUAAAAAAUUGUGCCGCACAAAAAACAAUGUUUUGGUACUCUUUACUAGAAGUAUGAAAGAGAGUCAUGAACUUAUGAAUGUAUUUUCAAAAGUAGCUGAAGAAAUCAAAGGCCAAGCUACUCUUGCUGUUGUAGAUUGUUCAGGUGAAGCAAGGAAAUUAUGCCGGAAGUUAAAAGUUAAUCCAGAGCCUCACAUACUUAAGCAUUAUAGAGACGGCGAUUUCCAUAAGGAUUAUGAUAGGAAACAUGCUGUACAGUCCAUGGUUAAUUUUUUGAAGGACCCUUCUGGAGACUUGCCAUGGGAAGAAGAUGAUCGAGGAAAAGAUAUAUUUCAUAUUUCAGAUGCAAAUAUUUUGGGAAAAGUAUUGAAUAGAGAGAAGCUGCCAAUCAUGGUUAUGUUUUAUGCUCCAUGGUGUGGAUUUUGUAAAAGACUGAAACCAGAAUAUGAAGCUGCCGCCACAGAGUUAAAAGGGCAUUCUAUUUUGGCAGCAAUGGAUGUAAAUAAGCCUGAAAAUGCUGUAGUACGUCAGCAUUUCAAUAUUACAGGAUUUCCAACACUUUUAUAUUUUGAAGGGGGUCAUUUGAAACAUAAAUAUGAUGGAGAAAACAACAAAGAAAGCAUUAUUAAUUUCAUGAAAAAUCCAGAAAAUCAGCCUGAAAAACCAAAAGAUGCUGAAUGGUCAGAUACACCGAGUGAUGUAGUCCAUUUAACAGAUGAAACAUUUAAUUCAUUUCUUGAAUCUGAACCAUCUCUUUUAGUCAUGUUUUAUGCUCCAUGGUGUGGACAUUGUAAGAAAAUGAAACCAGAAUAUGUUUCAGCUGCUGCAACUAUGAAAGAAGAAAAUAUUCCUGGAGUCCUUGCUGCAGUUGAUGCCACAAAAGAAAAGGCACUAGCUGAGCGAUUUAAAAUAAAUGGCUAUCCUACUGUUAAAUAUUUUAACAAUGCUCUUGCUCUCAUGCAGCUGCUUGGGUGGUAGAUGCAGCUCUACUAU